AUGCGCGCGCACAUCUCACGGAACUCUGCUCUGGUGCAACAAUCUGUCUCAACAUCUUCAAGCCCAGCUAUCUGCCCAUGGUGUUUGACCAGAUCACAGUAUCCUCGAGGCCGUCCGACAAAACGACAUUUUUCCACUUCUCAGUUACGUUCGUCAGCAUGGGCGACCGCCGUCUCCAAGAUCCAGAAUACCGUGGCAGAAAUAUUACCCUCCCGAACAGCUACGGGGAACAUCACCAUCGACCCUCUCAAGAUCGUGGCCAAAGAGUUGAGGUUUCUCAAUAAGAACAUAAGACAGCUUCUGGGCUCCGGACAUCCUAUAUUGGACACUGUUGCAAAAUAUUACACACAGAGUGAGGGGAAACAUGUUAGACCUUUGCUGGUUCUUCUCAUGUCGAGAGCAACAGCUUUCGCCGCAAAGCAGCCUCGCUACGACGCACAAAGCUUGUCGAGAGCGAGCAUUGACACCCCCAUAUCUUCACCUUCCAUUCUCUACGACAACAACCCGGACCGGACCCCUUCUCCGCUGACGGACUCAUCCAACGAAGUUCGGUAUGCGUUCCCCGACGACACCACAAUCCUUCCUUCGCAGAGACGACUCGCCGAAAUCACCGAGCUGAUCCAUACUGCGUCUCUUCUUCACGACGAUGUGAUUGACCAUUCCACUACCCGCCGUUCUGCUCCUUCAGCAAACACUACGUUUGGUAACAAAAUGGCCGUAUUGGCGGGGGAUUUUAUGCUUGGACGAGCUUCGGUCGCCCUUGCACGGCUACGGGACCCCGAGGUGAUUGAGCUUCUAGCCACCGUCAUCGCAAAUCUGGUGGAGGGGGAGUUCAUGCAAUUGAAGAACACGGCGUCAGAUGAGAAAACCCCAACGUGGAAUGAGCAAGCCAUAUCGUACUAUCUUCAAAAGACAUAUCUGAAAUCGGCGAGCUUAAUUAGCAAAAGUUGUCGUGCGGCAGCUCUUCUGGGCCAAUGUGCUCCAAGUGUGGUCGAGGCCGCAUAUGCAUAUGGUAAAAAUCUGGGUUUGGCGUUUCAACUUGUCGAUGAUAUGCUGGACUAUACGAUCAGCGGGACGGAACUAGGGAAGCCAGCCGGAGCGGAUUUGGAGCUGGGACUGGCCACAGCACCGUUGUUGUUUGCUUGGAGAAGCCGACCGGAAUUGGGACUUCUUGUGGGCAGAAAAUUCUCGGAAGAAGGGGACGUUCAAAAGGCACGAGAUAUUGUCUCUCAAAGUGACGGUCUGGAACAGACUCGAGCUUUGGCACAGGAAUAUGCGGAUAAAGCCAUCUCUUCUAUCAACCUGUUUCCGGCCGGUGAAGCAAAGGAUGGCUUGGAGGAAAUGUGUGUAAAAGUCAUGAAGCGCCGAAAAUGA